AUGGAUUGCAUAAGUGAAUUGCCCGACGAAAUCCUGUCUUAUAUCCAAACAAUGUUAUCCAUCAAAGAUUUGUUGAAAACCAGUGUACUAUCUAAAAGAUGGCGCAACCUUUGGGCUCUAAGGAGAGAUCUUCACUUUGAUAUCUUCCAUGUGCUUGGAAGCAGCGAGGAGGAACUACUACAAACUGUGAUUCCUACUAGUAGUUCUACUAUCGAGAGAUGUGUCCGUCUGGAUAUCGGUAUGAGUGAAUUUGUAAAACGAGUAGAUCAAUUUCUCAACAAUUUUCAAGGCACAAAGAUAAAUUCUUUCUUUGCGAGCUUCUAUUCAUAUGAUAAACACAGUAAUAUUAUUGAUCAAUGGAUUAGUUUUGCAAUUGCAAGGGGAGUUGAAACAAUCAAUCUACUCUUAUUACCAAUGCCUGAAACUUGUGCUACUCGAUACAAACAAUACAAGUUUGCCUUUGACUUGUUUUCGGAGACUAAUGCUUCAACUCUAAAGCAUCUGCAUCUCGAACAUUGUCUUGUUUGCCAUCCCACCAACCGUGACUAUAUUCCCUUUCAAAAUUUGAGAUUUCUUUCACUUGAAAGAACAAAGUUGGAUGAAAUGUUCAUUGAAAGUGUGUUAUCGAAUUGUCGAUGGCUUGAAGAGCUUCACUUAGUUUUAUGUGAGUUCAGAUCAUCAAUGCCAAAGAUAGUGAGUUCUUCCUUAAUACAUCUCAAGGUUGCAGGAUGCUAUGUUGUAUCUGGCUACGUCCAGAUGCAAAUAGAGCUGAGUUCAAUAGAUUGCCUUAAACUCACUUCAUUGGAAUACCAUGGAUAUAGUUUGGAUACCUUAAAAAUUAAUACCCCUUUGUUGAAGAGCAUUCGUUGCACUGUUUUUUAUUGUGAAGAUCCUAAUCAAUAUGGACUCUUUGCAACUCUUCCUCAACUUGAGAUUAUGCAAUUGGACAUCUAUUCAAUGGUUAGUCAUAAAGUGUUUGAUUAA